GAUGGGGGUCCCAGUGUGGGGGUCCCAGCGUGGGGGUCCCAGCAUGGGGGUCCCGGCAUUGCGGGGGUCCCAGUGCGGGGGUCCCAGUGUGGGGGUCCCAGUGUCCCAGGAUGGGGGUCCCAGGGUUCCAGUGACCCAGGAUGGGGGUCCCAGUGUGGGGGUCCCAGCGUGGGGGUCCCGGCAUUGCGGGGGUCCCACGGCCGUGUCCCCCCAGGCCUGUUCGGGCUGGUGAACAACGCGGGCAUCGCCAGCCCCAUGGGCCCCACGGAGUGGAUGGACGUGGAGGAUUUCCGGCGGGUCAUGGCCGUCAACGCCUUCGGGGCCAUCGAGGUCACCCUGCGGCUGCUGCCGCUGCUGAAGCGCGCGCGGGGCCGCGUGGUCAACACCUCCAGCGUCCUGGGCCGCGUCUCGGCCAACGGCGGCGGCUACUGCCUGUCCAAGUUCUGCAUCGAGGCCUUCUCCGACAGGGACGCCAAACUGCUCUGGCUGCCGGCCUCCUACCUGCCCUCGGCCCUGGUGGACCUGGCCCUGGCCCUGGUCCUGCCCAAACCGGCCCAGAGCGUGCCCUGAGAGACCCCAGACCCAAAUUGAGACCCCCAAAUGAACCCCAAAUAAACACCCCAAGGUGGGUGAGGAGUGACCCCAAAUUCACCUGGUCUUGAUCUGAUUGGGGGGUUUGGGGACAUUGGGGUGACACACGGGACCUGGUGGACCUGGCCCUGGCUCUGGUCCUGCCCAAACCGGCCCAGAGCGUCCAGUGAGAGACCCCAGACCCAAAUUGAGACCCCCAAAUGAACCCCAAAAUAAACACCCCAGGGUGGGUAUGAAACACCCCAAAUUCA